GCGGUCGGAUGACGCGCCGGGGCGGGCGGAGGAGCAGCCACUUCCUGGAGCUGCCGGCCGGGGCUGUUCGCUGCACUCAGCGCCGGAGCCGGGAGCCAGCUGCCGCCGCCAUGUCCCACCAGACCGGCAUCCAAGCAAGUGAAGAUGUUAAAGAGAUCUUUGCCAGAGCCAGAAAUGGAAAGUACAGACUUCUGAAAAUAUCUAUUGAAAAUGAGCAACUUGUGAUUGGAUCAUAUAGUCAGCCUUCAGAUUCCUGGGAUAAGGAUUAUGAUUCCUUUGUUUUACCCCUGUUGGAAGACAAACAACCGUGCUAUAUAUUAUUCAGGUUAGAUUCUCAGAAUGCCCAGGGCUAUGAAUGGAUAUUCAUUGCAUGGUCUCCAGAUCAUUCUCAUGUUCGUCAAAAAAUGUUGUAUGCAGCAACAAGAGCAACUCUGAAAAAGGAAUUUGGAGGUGGCCACAUUAAAGAUGAAGUAUUUGGAACAGUAAAGGAAGAUGUAUCAUUGCAUGGAUAUAAAAAAUAUUUGCUGUCACAAUCUUCCCCUGCCCCACUGACUGCAGCUGAGGAAGAAUUACGACAGAUUAAAAUCAAUGAGAACCCAGAGGAUCAUAUUGGGGUACAGACUGACGUGGGUGUGGACACAAAGCAUCAAACACUACAAGGAGUAGCAUUUCCUAUUUCUCGAGAAGCCUUUCAGGCUUUGGAAAAGUUGAAUAACAGACAGCUCAACUAUGUGCAGUUGGAAAUAGACAUAAAAAAUGAAAUUAUAAUUUUGGCCAACACAACAAAUACAGAACUAAAAGAUUUGCCAAAGAGGAUUCCCAAGGAUUCAGCUCGUUACCAUUUCUUUCUAUAUAAACAUUCCCAUGAAGGAGACUAUUUAGAGUCCAUAGUUUUUAUUUAUUCAAUGCCCGGAUACACAUGCAGUAUAAGAGAACGGAUGCUGUAUUCGAGCUGCAAGAGCCCCCUGCUGGAAAUUGUAGAAAGACAACUACAAAUGGAUGUAAUUAGAAAGAUCGAGAUAGACAAUGGGGAUGAGUUAACUGCAGACUUCCUUUAUGAAGAAGUACAUCCCAAGCAGCAUGCACACAAGCAAAGUUUUGCAAAACCAAAAGGUCCUGCAGGAAAAAGAGGAAUUCGUAGACUGAUUAGGGGCCCAGCAGAAACUGAAGCUACUACUGAUUAAGGUCAUCACAUUAAACAUUGCAAUACUAGUUUUUUAAAAGUCCAGCUUUUAGUACAGGAGAACUGAAAUCAUUCCAUGUUGAUAUAUAGUAGGGAAAAAAUUGUACUUUUUGGAAAAUAGCACUUUUCACUUCUGUGUGUUUUUAAAAUUAAUGUUAUAGAAGACUCAUGAUUUCUAUUUUUGAGUUAAAGCUAGAAAAGGGGUUCAACAUAAUGUUUAAUUUUGUCACACUGUUUUCAUAGUGUUGAUUCCACACUUUCACAUACUUCUUAAAAUUUUAUACAGCUGGGCCAGUUCUAGACAGUCUGAUGUCUUGAAGGAUAAACUUAGUACUUUCUUGUGAGACAGAAAGACCUUAAAAUACUCAUAUUACUUUAGUGUGCCUCGGAAAAGGCCAGAAGUUGCUUACUCUGAGUAGCUGUGCUAACUCUUGUCAGACUGUAGGAUCAUGUCUGCAACUUUUAGAAAUAGUGCUUUAUAUUGCAGCAGCCUUUUAUAUUUGACAUUUUUUUAAUAGCAUUAACAUUGCAGAUCAGCUCACUCUGAAACUUUAAGGGUACCAGAUAUUUUCUAUACUACAGGAUUUCUGAUGACAUUGAAGGACUAAACAGCCUUAGUAAAUUAUCUUUCUAAUGCUCUGUAUGGCCAAACCUUUAUGUUCAGAUUGAAAUUUAAAUUAAUAUCAUUCAAAAGGAAAAAAAUGUUGAGUUUUUAUAGGCAAAUUGUGUUCUUUAUUACUUCUGAGCAAAUACUCAGAUUUAAAAUUAAAGUCCCAGUACUUAACAGGCUAACACAGAUAAACACCUUAAUAAUCUCCUUUCAAUUAAUACUGUAUUUCAAAACAUGUUUAACUGUUUUCUAAUGCUUUGCAUUUUCAGUUAAAACCUAGAUAGAUUUUGAGCCUCGUAUUUCUCUGAUACUUGAAAUAGAGGGAUCAAGAACACUUCACGGUUAAUCUGUUAAACCUGCUGCAAGAGCCAUAACUUUGAGGCAUUUUCUAAAUGAACUGUGGGGAUCCAGGAUUUGUAAUUUCUUGAUCUAAACUUUAUGCUGCGUAAAUCAAAUAUCAGAAAUGCACAUUUCAUAGUGUGAAGCACUCAUUUCUAAACCUUAUUAUCUAAGGUAAUAUAUGCACCUUUCAGAAAUUUGUGUUCAAGUAAGUAAAGCAUAUUAGAAUAAUUAUGGGUUGACAGAUUUUUAAAAUAGAAUUUAGAGUAUUUGUGUGGGGUUUUGUUUGUUUACAAAUAAUCAGACUAUAAUAUUUAAACAUGCAAAGGAACUGACAAUAAUGUUGCACUUGUUUACUAAAGAUGUAAGUUGUUCCAUGGGUGCACAUGUAGACUGACACACAGACACCCAAAUUAUUGCAUUAAGAAUCCUGGAGCUGUGUUGCAGACCAUAGCUAAAGCUGUUAUUUUCAGUCAGGAAGACUACCUGUCAUGAAGGUAUAAAAUAAUUUAGAAGUGAAUGUUUUUUCUGUACCAUCUAUGUGCAAUUAUACUCUAAAUUCUACACUACAUUAAAGUAAAUGGACAUUCCAGAAUAUAGAUGUGAUUAUAGUCUUAAACUAAUUAUUAUUAAACCAAUGAUUGCUGAAAAUCAGUGAUGCAUUUGUUAUAGAGUAUAACUCAUUGUUUACAGUAUGUUUUAGGUGGCAUUAUCAUAACUAGAUGGUGAAUAACAUAUUCCCAAUAAAUUUAUAUAGCAGUGAAGAAUUACAUGCCUUCUGGUGGACAUUUUAUAAGUGCAUUUUAUAUCACAAUAAAAUUUUUUCUCUUUAA